CCCCAUUUCCCGAAGCUCCUUCCUAACUCACCUGGCAGCUAGCUGACUGUGAGAAAAGAGUGGCUAGUCUUCCGGAAGCCGCAUCAAUGGCCUCCGUGCUGUCCUACGAAAGCUUGGUCCACGCAGUGGCAGGAGCGGUGGGUGAAUUAGCAGUUUGGAAACCAUCAGAUUUGGUGACUUGAUUCAUAUUCCAGCCCAGACAUCAUUGUUCUGUGCUGAAGAGGCAUGAUAAUCCACUUUUGUGUGUUGGUAUGAGUCCCUAGCUGUUAUUUCCAUGCUUGGAGGCCAAAGUCUUGACCAGGGAAGUGUGACUGCAAUGACAGUGUUUUUUCCCUUGGAUACAGCUAGACUUCGACUUCAGGUUGAUGAGAAAAGAAAGUCCAAAACUACGCACAUGGUGCUGCUGGAGAUCAUUAAAGAAGAAGGCCUCCUGGCACCGUAUCGAGGGUGGCUUCCAGUUAUUUCCAGUCUCUGCUGCUCCAAUUUUGUCUAUUUCUACACUUUUAAUAGCCUCAAAGCAGUCUGGGUCAAAGGUCAACGUUCGACUACUGGAAAAGAUCUGGUGGUUGGAUUUGUUGCAGGAGUGGUGAAUGUGUUGCUAACAACUCCACUCUGGGUAGUAAACACCAGACUGAAGCUGCAAGGGGCAAAAUUUCGGAAUGAAGACAUUGUACCAACCAACUACAAAGGCAUUAUUGAUGCUUUUCACCAGAUCAUUCGAGAUGAAGGAGUCUUGGCUUUGUGGAAUGGCACAUUUCCCUCCUUGCUGUUGGUCUUCAAUCCUGCUAUCCAAUUCAUGUUCUAUGAAGGUUUAAAACGGCAGCUUUUAAAGAAACGGGUGCAGCUUUCUUCUUUGGAUGUGUUCAUCAUUGGUGCAAUAGCCAAAGCAAUUGCCACCACAGCCACCUAUCCCAUGCAGACGGUACAGUCAAUUCUGAGGUUUGGACGUCACAGACUAAACCCAGAAAACAGAACACUGGGGAGUCUUCGGAAUGUUCUCUAUCUUCUGCGCCAGCGAGUCAAGCGUUUUGGAAUAAUGGGACUCUACAAAGGCCUUGAAGCGAAACUGCUGCAGACAGUCCUCACCGCUGCACUGAUGUUCCUUGUUUAUGAGAAACUGACAGCUGCUACCUUCACCAUCAUGGGGCUGAAGCGUGCUGCCCACAAGCACUGAGAUAUGGCCCGGGAAAAUGCAGACAUUCUUGAGAUGAGGCCUCUCCUUCCAAGUGAAAAGAAGCAAUGCUCCUUUCACUCUGGCUCCUUCCCCCGCACAUGUGACCCUCAGUGGCUGGAAAAGCAUGGAGGGGGAAACAGGGAGUACAGCCCACUGGUCCUGUGGCUGUGUAACUUGCACAAUGGCUGGUUGGAUUUGGCAAAACUUUUCCAUCUGAAGUUUUUCUUAAAAUUACCAGUUAUUCUCUUUCCCCAAACUCUCUCCCAGGUUCUAGGACAAAUUCAGUAACAUAAUUCUUCUCAGAUACUUUUGUGUGUCUUAGUCUUGGUAUUUUUCUCACUAAAAGUAGUAUUUUGCUGGUGCCAUGGGCGUGACUUUAUUUUUAUUGGGCUUUUUUUCUCCUGCUUAAGGGGAGUUAAAUGAACUAUUUUGUGGAGGAAAUGAAUAUUAAUCCCAAAUUCUCUUGCAAACUAUUUGUAAACAACACUAUUCAUUAGUGUUUGAUAUAAUUUUUUAAAAUAUUUUUAAUCAGGAGGCUGGGGAUUUAGCUCAGUGGUUCUGCCGCCUGCCCUAGCAAGCGCAAGGUCCCAAGUACGAUUCCUAGUACCAAAAAGAAAAAUAUUUUGAAUCAGCUCUAUUAAAAAAUGCUUGAAGUUUUAUGUCCAUCCAUAUAAAGCUCCAAUCAGUUUACCCUACUCCAAUAAAUUGUCAGCACAAAAGA